AUGUCUCAGCUGCCCGAGGGCACGCUGGGAGAUGCCGUGGGCGUGCUUAUAUACACCUUCAUAUGCAUGUUCUGCGAUAUCCUGCUCAUAUGGCUCUACUGGACUACGCGCGAAGGCCUAAGCUAUGUCGCCUUGAUUGCGUACUUUGCCCUGCUGUGCACUAUAAGCAGCAUCAUUCAGCAGAUAUACAACUACACAUUCUGGAACGAUAUCAUGUGGGCCCAGCUGCACUAUAUCCAGGCAAACUUCGAGAAUGCCGACGUCGCCUUCAACAAUGGCAACUUCGGCUUCAUGCGCGCGUUGGCGAAUAUCCGCUUGUUCUGUUACAUCAUGGAAGCGAGCUACUUCUUGUCGUACUCUAUCCACGUGACGGCCUCAGUUUUCGGCUACUGGCUGAUGAGGCGACGCGCCGAACGGAUUUUCUCUCUGGCUAGCAAAACCGUGCCUCUUCUGUUGGCUGGAAUAACGAUCGCCUUGCUGCACACUAAGCUCGUUCAGAGCAGUUUUCUGACUUACAUGAUCGUGGCCAACGUGCAAUCUGUCGUGAGCUGCGCCAUCAGCAUCGCUCUCAUCCUUGUCAUACUUUGGAAGUAUAUCGAAAUGAAACGCUCCUUCAGACGUGUGGACACGACGCAACGAUUGAAAAACUGGCGGUUUCCCUUUGCCAGCAAGGAUAACUUGAGAGCGGACGCCAAUACUGCCAGUAUCGGCCGAGACAACAGAGUUUUGCCAGCGGUGUUUGAUAACAACUGGCUGGUGAUCAGGUUGUCUAUCGCGAUCGUCCUCAUCUCUGGGUUUGUGUUAGCAAGUGUAAUCACACAUUUGCCUCAGCGCGAAAACGUGGCCAAGGACGCCCAAGCCGAGGCCCCCGACUUGAGCGUGGAGCGGGCCAGGUCGAAUAUCGUCGGCUACACAUUCGGGGUCACCCCGGGUCUGGCCAUAUGGAUCGUAUUCGGCCUGACUAAGGCAUACCGGCAGAUCAUGUACGAAAAGCUGCUCCCUCGCAAAUGGCUGGGGAGGGCAUCGCGGCGGCCAUCACUACCUAAGAGCGCUUACAACUCGACCUCGGAGACCCCGAAUACGUCCAAGACGUCGAGACCGAACGCGGACCGGUUCGAGACCGAUGUUGGACUCCAACUAGACGAUUUCGGCCAGGGCCUGCAAGCUUCGAGGUCAAAUUUAACCGCCAUGCCACUGCUGGUCUAUAGUUCCGGCGCAAAGUCGACGGGGACCGAGCGGCCCAUUGGCACCGUGGGACAGCCUUUUUACCCUCACGACUCGCCCGCUUGA